GCUGCAGGACUAAUAUAUUUCAGAUCCAGCGUUCAGGGGGACGCAAACAUACUGAGAAGCAUGCAAGCAGUGGCUCUACUGUCCACAUCCACCCCCAGGCUGCUCCUGUUGUCUGCAGACACGUUUUGGACACACUCAUUCAAUUGGCCAAGGUAUUUCCCAGCCACUUCACACAGCAGCGGACCAAAGAAACAAACUGUGAGAGUGAUCGGGAGAGGGGCAGUAAGGCCUGCAGCCCGUGCUCUUCACAAUCUACCAGCAGUGGCAUUUGCACAGACUUCUGGGACUUACUGGUAAAACUGGACAACAUGAAUGUCAGCCGGAAAGGCAAGAACUCCGUGAAGUCAGUGCCAGUGAGCGCUGGUGGUGAGGGAGAAACCUCUCCAUACAGCCUCGAGGCCUCUCCACUGGGGCAGCUUAUGAACAUGUUGUCACACCCAGUCAUCCGCCGGAGCUCUCUCUUAACUGAGAAACUCCUCAGACUCCUUUCUCUCAUCUCAAUUGCUCUCCCAGAAAACAAAGUGUCGGAAGCACAAGCUAAUUCUGGCAGCAGUGCUUCCUCCACCACUACUGCCACCUCAACCACAUCUACCACCACCACCACUGCCACCUCCACUACACCCACUCCCCCUGCUGCAACCACCCCUGUCACUUCUGCUCCAGCCCUGGUUGCUGCCACGGCUAUUUCCACCAUUGCCGUAGCUGCUUCGACCACAGUGACUACCCCCACGACUGCUACCACUACUGUUUCAAGUAAGUGUGAUAUAGGGUGGGAGCUGUGGG